UUCUGCUGCUGCCUCCUUCCUGUAGCCCGGUUGAGGAAGUGAAUUUCGCUGACAGGGCUGGGUUCAGUGAGGGUGAGGCGAGUAGAAAAACAUCUUCCGCGGGGGUUCAAAAAACGGACAAGAAACGACAGAAGCCAGGAGCGUUUUGGUAACGGAGGUUCAAGCUAAAGUGCACGGCCAUCGGUGAAUUCGAGCUCCCCUUGCCCCGCUGAGACCGCCGUAGACAUGGCUGACCACCAGCUGGACUGUGCUCUGGACCUGAUGAGGCGUCUACCGCCUCAGCAGAUAGAGAAGAACCUCAGUGACCUCAUUGACCUGGUGCCCUCUUUGUGUGAGGACCUCCUCUCCUCUGUGGACCAGCCACUGAAGAUUGCACGAGACAAGGUGGUGGGAAAAGACUAUCUGCUCUGUGAUUACAACCGAGAUGGCGACUCCUACAGAUCCCCGUGGAGUAAUAAGUACGACCCACCCAUCGAAGACGGCGCCAUGCCUUCAGCUCGCCUGAGAAAACUUGAGGUUGAAGCCAAUAACGCCUUUGACCAGUACAGAGACCUGUACUUUGAGGGCGGUGUGUCCUCUGUGUACCUCUGGGAUUUGGAUCAUGGUUUUGCUGGUGUUAUUCUCAUCAAAAAGGCAGGGGAUGGAUCCAAAAAGAUCAAAGGGUGUUGGGACUCCAUCCAUGUGGUGGAGGUGCAGGAGAAGUCCAGCGGUCGCACCGCUCACUACAAACUAACCUCCACCGUCAUGCUGUGGCUCCAGACAACCAAGACCGGCUCAGGUACCAUGAACCUGGGCGGCAGCCUCACAAGACAGACGGAAAGAGAUGAAACGGUCGGAGAAUCCUCACCUCACAUCGCUAACAUUGGCCGCCUUGUUGAAGAUAUGGAGAACAAGAUCCGCUCCACACUGAAUGAAAUCUACUUUGGGAAGACCAAGGAUAUCGUCAACGGACUAAGGAGUGUUCAGACUCUGGCUGACAAGUCAAAGCAGGAGGCUCUGAAGGUCGACCUGAUGGAGGCACUCAAACGCAAACAUCACACCUAAAGAUGCUACUGUUCUUUUGUUCUGUUUUUUUUUUUUUUCGGGGUUUAGUUUUGUUUUUUGUUUUUUUUCCUUCUCUCACUCUGUCCGCCUCAUCUCUGCCAUCUUUCUCGGGUUUUUUUUUUCUGUCUUUCUCUCCACGCCUGUUCAUCAUUGCUUCACUCUUUAAGUCUGUGGAGUAACAAAAAACGGGUAAUUGCUUGGCUUUUUUUUUUUUUGUUUUGUUUUGUUUUGUUUUGUUUUCUUUGUCUGUCAGCUUCUGUUUUCAUGCGUCUCAUCUGCCAUGAAGCCAUUCACUCCCCCCUCUCUCUCACUCCUCACCCCUCUCUUCUUUGUCUCUUCUCUCCCAUGUAAUGAAUAUAAUGAUAGUAUUACCACAGUUAAUGAUAAUCUUACAGUGUGAGGGUCAUUGUUAUAAUAAUCCCUAAAGUUUCCACAGUUGGCGUGUCCUCAGUCACUUUAAAAAAAAAAAGAAAGAAAAGAAAAAAGAUCCACUCGUGGCCCUGCUCUUCCUCCGUGCCGAGGAAAGGGGACAUGGACUGUGCAGCCGUCGGUGCAAAGCUCCGCGGGGCCGCCAUUAUCGUGUACAUCAAACUUAUUUACUUGCACCUAUUUUUGUCGAUGACACCCUGAUAUAUUUGUAUAGAAUUAUAACUGUGCUUGUAUGACUGUCAUUUUUCUGACCGUUGUGAACGGUGCCAACGAGAGUGAAACCCUGGGUCUGCAUGCACAUGAUGCCUGUGUAGGAGUGGUCCUGCCACGGUGGGUGGAAAUGUAGACUUAUCAAACACGGGGGCGGGGGGGUAGACUGUUAAUAAUCACUGGGUACACACUCGUCAUCGGCCCAGUCCCCCACACUGUACCACACGACACUUUGUCUCUCUUCUGUUCGACUUACUCUGCUCGUCUCUCUUCUCACCCACUUACUUACGUCUUUGUUGGGGGUCACACUCUGUCCUUGUGUCGCAGCUUUGACCGUUUCCGUAUUGGAGGGGAAUCUUUUAUUGUAUUUUUGUUUUUGUUUUUAUUUUGUAAAGCUUAUGAUUCAUAUUGUAUUAGAGCCUCCAGCAACAAUAAAAAGGGUAAAAAGGUA